AGGAAGAAUUAAAAAAGCGGAUAGAGACGAGUAACGAAAAGGGGUGGAAGGUUUUGGAAGGAUUAGGAGAAAUAAUUCCAGACAACUCUAGACACUACUACCCACACCCCCGCGCUUAUUUAUCAUUCUUCCCACUCUACUACCCACACCCCCGCGCUUAUUUAUCAUUCUUCCCACUCCAAACCCUAAUUUAAUUAUCACUCUAAUUCCAUGGCUUCACCCCACAAUUUCUUCAAGAGAAAAGCCACCGGCACCGUCGAUCAAAUCAGCCACGAUUUCUCCGAUUUCUCUCUUUCUUCUCCGGCCACCAAAAUCCGUCGCCUAGAUGCUGAAUUGACUCCAAUUGUCGAAGAAGAAGAAAACGAACCCUUAACUCUUCCUAACGACGAGAGAGCUAUUGUACUCUUCAAACCAUCUCUUCACUCUUCUCCCUCUUUCUCUCUCACUCUCAAUUCCGAUCUUAUCUCUCAAAUUAAGAAUAAUCAAGUUUCGUGGUCAAAACAAUGUGAUGAUUAUCAUGAUAACCUAAUUGAGCAAAACGACAAUAAUGAUCGUCGUUUAGCUAUUGUGCCUUGGGUACCACAAUCUUCCUCUGGUUCUUCUUCCCAUGCUUUUGAUGAUGAUGAUAACAACAAUACAAAUACUAUAGAGUUGAUGGAAGAUGAUGAAAUGGGACAAGAACGAGAAGAUGAAGAUGAAGGAGCUAUGAUGGAUGUAGAAGAAGAACAACAACAAGACAAUAAGUCUUCGAGUUUUAACUAUCCAACUAUGGUUGAGGGGUUUCAGCAACACUGUUUGUUCCCUCAGAUUAUUCCUCAAAACACUUCAUCUCCUAUCACUUGGACUCGUUGAAAAGCAUUACCUAGUUAGUUACUAUACCUAGCUCCUUGACACCUCUGUCGGCUUGUGUUCGGGGUGCGGGCUUGAUAGAUAGUUAACUAUCUUUAAUGUCUUGAUCUUUUUAGGAUGCUAGGUUACACUAGACAAUACAACAGAUUUUAGUUUUGCUGUAGAUAGAAAGUGUUUUUUUUUUUGUUGUUGUUUUGGGUUAGGAAAGAAGUGAUUAGGAGAAGUUGGUCAAAUGGGUAUGUUGGUGACUAAGAUGGAUGGAUGAUGGAGUUCCUUGGAUUUUUCCAUAAGACCCUUUCAAGUAACAAUGAAAAUCAAUGUUUUAUUUGUGUUUAA